GGUGUCUGCAGAAUGUGCUGGUCUCUGCCUGUUUUAUAUGGAGCUGUUACACAAACAUAAUGGGGCGUGGCAGCUGUGUAGCUAUCAUAUAAAUGAGCAACCAUCUUUAAGCCUUUAUAUUCAUCUUUGUUGAGACAACGCUGCUGGGAGAAGAUGGCUUCAUUUCCUGCUGGUCCUGAUUUGAGAAUCGUGAUGAUUGGAAAAACUGGUGUGGGCAAGAGUGGUGUUGGAAACACCAUUCUGGGAGAGAAAUCUUUCAAAUCCUGUCCCAGUUCAGAGUCAGUGACUGAGUCCUGUGAGAAAGGUGUGACACGCUGGGGUAACAGAGUGGUUAGUGUGGUAGACACACCAGGGAUCCUUGACACUAAGAUAUCCCAAGAAUUCAUCAAAAGAGAAAUUGUGAAAUGUGUGGAAGUCUCAUGUCCUGGUCCUCAUGUGUUCCUGCUGGUCAUCCAAAUCGGUCGAUUCACCAACGAAGAGAAAAAUUCUGUGGAAGCCCUGCAAGCGCUGUUUGGUCCUGAAGCUAACCAGUACAUGAUCGUGCUGUUUACCCGUGGUGGUGAUCUUGGAGACAUGACUAUACAAGAGUAUGUGCGUGAGGGCCAGCAAGACCUUCGACGAGUCAUCCAAAGCUGUGGUAACAGGUACCACGUCUUUGAAAACACCAGAAAAGACAGAAGUCAAGUGGUGGAACUAAUCAAGAAUAUCGAUGACAUGGUUGCAAGAAACGGGGGGGCAUGCUACACAGAUGCCAUGUAUCAAGAAGUGCAACAACAAAAGGAAAGUGGAGGUACUCCCUCAUACAGCUUCCUCGGUGCACUGAUGCUCCGUAUUGCAGAAUUUCUAAUUAUUCUUGCUCGUCGCUAAAUGACCAUAAUCAGUAGUCUAAACAUAUCAUCAAUAUCCAGUUAAAACAAGACAGCUUCUGUACACAUGUGUGAACAUAUGGAAUACAUUUUAAAAUCUUGGACACACACACACACACACACACACACACACACACACACACACUUACAGUAGGUAGUGUAGUGCUAUUUUGUGUGGUGUCAGGUUAUCACACCCUUGAUUGUAAAGUAUAAAUGUCUCACAGGGUCAUGAGAAAAAGAGUUUUAAAGAUAAAAU